GAAUCCCUUUUGUUUUCAUGGUAGCGUGGAUCAUAUGCAGGAUAAACCUGGAGGACACGAGCUGUUGGGAGAUGAAUGAGAACCCUAUCCCCAACCGGCUGAUAAACUGGCCCAUCAUGGCGUCUGUCAUUAUCAACUUCAUCCUGUUCAUCAGCAUCAUCCGCAUCCUGGUGCAGAAACUGCGCUGCACUGAUGUCGGAGGAAAUGAGCAAUCACAAUACAGACGUUUGGCUAAGUCCACCCUCCUGCUGAUCCCUCUGUUUGGAGUGAACUACGUGGUGUUUGUCUACCUGGUGGAGCCCAUUGACAAAGACAUGAAUCACAUCAAGAUCUUCUUCGACCUCGCCCUCGGAUCCUUCCAG